CGGGGCAAGACAGACUACUUCCAAGAAAGAACGAAAAAAAAACCACAUACACACAAACACUCUCAGGCCAAUAUUUUUCGGAACGUACACCACAUUGCUGGAUCUUGCGCAUGGGGCAGAUUUCCACGGAAGCUAACUACAUGUUUUUUAGAAGAAGAUUCAUUUAGCUCUGGUUUCGCUCGCGACGAAUCGCCCGCUGGAUUCUUAUUUAACGUUACUUAUUAGUUUUACAGUUCUCAAAUAAGCGAGUCGUGGUUUGAACCGUUUCUACUUGCUGGAAAGGUGAAUACAUUUCCUGCUUCGUUUAAGAACUUUUCUCGUUAAGCAGAACUGAACGUGUGCUCUUAAAAUGUCAAAACCUUUAGACCACAUAAAAAGACCCAUGAAUGCUUUCAUGGUUUGGUCUCGGGGCCAGCGGAGAAAAAUGGCACAGGACAAUCCCAAAAUGCACAACUCGGAAAUCAGCAAACGACUUGGCGCCGAGUGGAAACUCCUGUCAGAAUCUGAAAAGCGACCUUACAUAGACGAGGCGAAGAGACUGAGAGCGCAGCACAUGAAAGAACACCCAGACUACAAGUACAGACCCAGGCGAAAGCCUAAGAAUUUGCUGAAGAAAGACAGGUACGUCUUUCCGCUGCCAUACCUCGGGGACACGGACCAUUUGAAGGGAUUUUCAGCGGACUCUCUUUUGGCUUCGUCGGAAAAAGCCAGAGCGUUCCUGCCGCCGACAUCUGCGCCGUACUCUUUCCUCGACCCGAGCCAGUUCAGCUCCAGCGCGCUUCAGAAGAUGACUGAGAUGCCCCACGCGCUGACCGCCGGCACUUUGCCAUACGCCUCUUCUCUGGGAUACCAGAAUGGCGCUUUUGGUAGCUUGAGCUGCCCUAGCCAGCACACCCACACUCACCCAUCACCCACGAAUCCUGGCUACGUCGUGCCCUGUAACUGCACUGCCUGGUCAGCGUCGAGUUUACAGCCCCCUGUUGCCUACAUACUUUUCCCAGGUAUGACCAAGUCUGGAAUAGACCCCUACUCAUCAACACAUGCCGCUGCUAUAUAAAAAAGAAAAUGCAAACAGACUAAUUAUUUCUAAAACUUGAAUGCAAGCAAUGCAUGUGUGUACCAGACAGCGCCGGAAAAAAUGGAGUGAUCCGAAAUUAACCGACGCAAUGGACUGUGGCGAAGGAAGAAUAUAAACUUUUUGCCACAGCGAUAGAACGUUUCUACAGUGACCUCAGCACGGAACUUGGGAUAACUGUAAGGCAGGUGCCCUGUGAACUGUAAGAAUUGUAAAUGUUAAACGUUUAUUGAUGGCUACCCGAGUAAAAGGUGGCCUUUAAGUUUAUUUAUUAUGUACAAUUUAUUGCUAUAAUCACUGUUUUUAUUUUAAUGACUCAGCUGAAUUCGAAAAAGAACCAAGACAAUUUUGAUUUGCACAACUAAGUACUUUUUGCUGUAAUACAAUUACAAAACUCUUAAAGUAAAAGCUUAAAGUACAAAUCAGGAACUAAAUAUGAAUACGCGGUAUGUGUUUAUAUUUAAUGGAAUAGGCACGUGCAAUUGGCUUGUUUGUAAAAAAAAAAAAAAAAAGAUACAGUAGUUAUUUUAUUGUUAUAUUCUGUUUUGGAUUUUGCAUUUCCUAGUGUGGUUCAGUGGUAUAUGUCACCCAUUCAUUUAUUUCAUGAAGCACUUCAGUUCUGAAUCCAGGCAGUUAAUACUGUAUUUUAUCCAAUAUGGUUUAAGCCUGUUUAAUUAUGUCAUGGAAAGAAAAAUGUAACCAGACUGGCGUUACCUCGUUAUUUGUUUAUUUGGCGGGAGAAAACGUUUUGAAUAAAGACAAUCUGUCUUCAAAAAUA